UUGUGGAUUAAUUGGGCAAUUUCGUGUGGAGCAUGUUUUGUGCAGGACUUUGGUAACCACAUUCCUUAUGGAUACCACAAAAGUAACUUAGGGGUCAUCGAAGCUAACCUGGUAUUGAACCAACUGACAUGCAAUGGUGUCUUGGAAGGUAUACGUAUCUGCCGUAAAGGAUUCCCUAACCGUAUGCCCUAUGAGGACUUCAAACAUAGAUACGCUAUUCUCGCUGCUGACCCUGUCAAGAAGGCUAAAUCUGAUAAAGAUGCUGGAGAGAAAAUUGCCGAGGCGCUCAUGAAAAACGGCUCUAUCAAAGCCGAAGACUUCCAGUGUGGUCUCACUAAAGUACGAUAG